AUGUUCAACAUGCUGCUGCGCUAUGCUAGACAACACAUUACACCCUCUCCCUUUGCAACAAACCGCUCGCGACCCCCCAUAGACACCGUUAUCAUCCCAGCCGUGCGACUUAAAUGCCCUCCACUCGACCUUGAGACAGACACGAUACUUAUGCCGAAAGCGACACUCUACCAAGCGAUCACGGAAUCCUAUGGAUAUUUGAACAUAGAAAAAGCGGAUCGUCCUGGAUGUAUAUUCUCGUAUUCUUGUACAUAUCUCUGCCCUGCUGGCUCAAAAAUGCAUAUACUUUAUCCCCGGCCAAUCCCCAUCGAGAUCAGUCGAAAGGUCACGUGCCAUGACGUCCACUUUUCUCGAAGCUCCCAAUCGCCCGAAGAAACGCGCUCUCCUCUUGAACGCCUUCGAAGCGUUGACGGGCCGGGGCUUGGCCGCAUAUUCUUUUCCUAUCUCCCCUUCACCAUGUCCACUCAAUACGCCAGUGAGCCAAACCCAACGGCAUCGGCGACCUUACACACGACCGUUGGCCCAAUUCACAUCGCCCUGUUCGCCAACCAGGCUCCCCUCACCUGCAAGAACUUCCUUCAGCACUGCAAAGACAACUACUAUGCAGGAACAAUCUUCCAUCGAAUUGUGCCGGACUUUGUCAUCCAGGGUGGCGAUCCCACGGGCACUGGAUCCGGCGGUACGUCCAUUUACGAAUAUCCCGAGUUCGAGUACGACCCGGAAGCGCGCGACCCGAACGAGCGCGUGGUUCUGCGAGAUGAGAUCCACAGUCGAUUGCGAUUCAAUCGGCGUGGGCAGCUGGGUAUGGCGAAGAGCGAGGAUGGAUCAUAUGGCAGUCAAUUCUUUAUCACGCUCGCCAAUACCGAGCGCGAAUUGAGUGGGCAGUGUACACUGUUUGGACGCUUGGAGGGGGACAGCAUUUAUAAUGUGCUGAAGAUUGCGGAAGCUGAGCGUGUGGAGGGUACGGACCGACCCGUGUAUCCGGUGAAAGUGACGUCCUGCGAGGUUGGAGAGCUAGGACCCUUGGCUGGGAAACUGAAGGAUCGCAAGGUGGUCUCGACCACGGCAGGCGGAGCGGAAAAGCAAGCGCCCAAGAAAAAGAAAAAGACAGCCAAAGGAGCCAAAGUCUUGCUGAGCUUUGGUGACGAAGAAGGCGACGAGGGUAUGCCCAUGCGACCCGCGAAGCCCAAGUUCAACACCAAACUCGUCGCGGAUGUACCUGGUUUGACGAACGAUACGACCACGACCGCGGCAACAAAACCACAAAGCACACAGUCAGCACCACGCAAACGACCGCGCUCUCCAUCUCCCAAUCGUCAACCUUCGCCAGAGCGCAAGCAGCGCAUUAAAACACCAGACCCCCUGACACAAUUACCCCUGCCAGAUCCCGAAUCCCCCUCUCGCUCUCCCACGCCAGCAUCUCCACCAGCCAAGGAAUCGAAACUAUCACGAACAAACGCCGAAAUCGCCUCGUUAAAGGCAUCCAUGCGCCGAAACGUCGACGUAGGCCCAGCCGAUACCAGCCGCAAAAAGUCCGCCCUAGAAGCAAUGAUUCCAGAAACCGCAACACGGGGCCGCAAGCGUCCAGCACUGGGCACUACGAAUGGCUCAACUCUCUCCGGGACCCGAAGUUCCGCGGAAAAAGCAGCGUUGGACAUGUUCAACGCCUUCAAAGCCAAACUCGAAGGAACAAUCACUACCACCACCACCACCAGCCAAUCCGAAACCAACACGCACACCACCAAAGAAAAAGGCAAAGACCGCGCCGAAACCCCAGACGACGAAGAAGCCCAACUCUGCGACCUCCAUUUCAUCGCAAACUGCCAAUCCUGCCAAUCAUGGGACGACCCCGACGCCGCGACGAACGAAGACGAAGAUGCCCACGACUCAGGCUGGCUGAGCCAUACGCUACGAUUUGGCAAAGAUACGUUAGGCAAGGACUUGAAUUGGAAGAAAGAACAUCCUGAUGAUACGGAUUCGUUAAUGGUUAUCGAUCCUCGUGAGAAGGAGCGGGAUUUGGGGGGUCCGAGUGGUGGACGGAAGCGAGGGUUGCAGAGAGAUCGGGAGAGGGAGAGGAAGAGGGAGAGGGCUGGGGAGAGGGAGUGGGAUCGGGAGGGGAAGUAG